AAUGCGUUAAACAUGACAUGAUUGACUAGCUUUCUAGGGUUUGAUUGCAUGUUUGAUAGGAUUAAUCUAGGUGCUUUCGCUUAGAUUAAUUAGCAUUGAAAAGUAAAAAAUGGGAAUUCAUUUGCUUUCGAAUGUUUCACAUGAUCAACUCCUUUCUCAUGACUUAGAUGAACAAUUAUAGGGUUUCAAUCGAAUUUGAUUACAUGGAAUUGGUUUUUAUCUUUGUUCCUUGCGUUCCACCCUUGUAUAUAUGUUUUUACGUUUUCUUUAUUUGAUUUAACUUUUGAUUUUAUAAUUCUUAAACCCCCCUUUUAUUUCGUUAUUUGUAUAUAUUCUUUUUGUAAAUAAUACUUUUUACUUUUACUAAUUAAUUAAUUGUUUUUGCAAUUACAGGUGUACCCUCAAUCCCCGGUUAGAACGAUCCCUACUUAUUCUAUACUAACAACUACAUGCAGGGUUAAAUUGCGCGCUUACUUUUAGCGUAUCACCACGUGAAAUGAUUUCAUAUUUGUAUUAUUUUUUUUUUUUCAAUUUGAAAUUUCUGGAGUCACCAUGGUUAACAAUGGUGUGAAACCGAAUAAAUUAUAAAAAAAAACAAUUGAAGCACCAUUGGCAAUGGUAGGCGCCGCCGCAAGAGGAUAAGGUUUAUUAAACAAUUAUAUGCUACCAACACUGAAGAACAGUCAAGAACUUGAAACUAUAUAUCUCCCCACAUGUCAACUCGCCUUAAUCUACCAGCCUUGAAGCUUCUACAAUUCUACUGUACUGUUGCUCAUCACAUUCAUGGUGAUGGGGCUUUCAUUGCAUCUGUUGCUUCUAUGUGUUCACUCGGUUAUAUGUUCUUCAGGGCAAACAUUCCCCUAUGUGACUUCAGAUGUCCAAGAAGUCUCCGGUAGGUUCUUCGACUACAUUGUGGUUGGAGGAGGCACUGCCGGCUGCCCCCUAGCUGCAACCUUGUCUGAGAAAUUCUCAGUGCUGUUGGUGGAACGAGGUGGCUCGCCUUAUGGAGAUCCCUUCAUCCUAGAGUCGAAGUACUACGGAUUCUCAUUGCUCCGAACGGAUGAAUAUACAUCAGCUGCACAAAGCUUUGUCUCGAAAGAUGGUGUCAGCAAUUUCAGAGGAAGAGUGCUAGGAGGAUCAUCUGCUAUCAAUGGUGGGUUUUACGGCAGAGCAAGUAAGGAUUUUGUCAAAAAGGUUGGUUGGGAUAAUGAGGAAGUAAGGGAUGCUUAUGAAUGGGUGGAAUCUAGAAUCAUCUCUAAACCUGAUCAUUUGACUCCAUGGUCGCAUGCUGCUGCGUUUAGCUUUCUUGAAGCUGGAAUUUUCCCUUAUAAUGGUUUCAGUUUGGAGCAUAUUCAGGGAACAAAGAUUGUUGGGAGUUCGUUCGAUAACCAGGGAAGAAGACACUUACCAGCUGAUCUUCUACAGGCAGGAAAUCCAAGCAAGAUCACGGUUCUCUUAAAUGCAACUGUAGACAAAGUUAUCUUUCAAAGAACUCGUACCAGAGAUGAGAAGAUAGCUGGAGGUAUAAGAUUCAUCAAGAGUGAUGGCAGCUCAAACCAGACUUAUGAAGCUUACCUCAACCAGCCAGACAACUCAGGUUCAUGGGGUGAUGUGAUACUAGCAGCAGGAGCUUUAGGCAGCCCUCAGAUUUUGUUAUUAAGUGGCAUUGGCCCUCAACAACACCUAAACAACUUUGAAAUCCCGCUCCUACUCAACUUGAAGGGAGUAGGAGAAGAAAUGCAAGACAAUCCGGCUAUUGCAAUCUUAGUUGACUCCAAGCCACAAAAUCGAACACCAGAACCUGCCAAAGUUGCUGGUAUAGCAGAUCACUUCAAAAUCAUAAUUGAGGCAGGAAUUGCACCUAUUAGCUUCAAUGCAACAAUAGUUCGCAUUACUGGCAAAAUUGCCUUCCCAGAAUCCGUAGGAAAGCUUGAACUCAACAGCACUGACCCAAGAGCAAACCCAUCAGUGACAUUCAACUACCUAUCAAGCGAGAAAGACUUGGCACAAUGUGUGAAGCUGACCCAGCUGCUUGAGCUAGCUUUAAGGUCCAAAUCAAUUGCUUCCUUCCUGGGUUCGAAUGAACACCGAAACAAGCCGAUGCCUACUAAAGACGAGCUCCAGAAACUCUGCAAGACGACUGUCAGAACCUUCUACCACUACCAUGGUGGUUGCACUAUGGGGUCAGUGGUCGACAAGAAUUAUAGGGUUUACGGUGUUAAAGGCUUGAGAGUGAUUGAUGGGUCAACCUUGCUGGAAUCACCAGGCACAAACCCAAUGGCCACUCUGCUAAUGCUUGGAAGAUACCAAGGGCUCAAAAUUCUUAAACACAGAAAAGGUGCUUCCUUUAACAGUCCCAGAACCUGAUCAGCUUUUUAUUUAUCCCAUUAGAAGCUCAGAAAUUAAAUAAAAACAGCAGCCUAUGCGUAAGUUUAAUAAUAAAUGCCAAAUUCCAAGUUCAAUAUGAUGAAAAUUGAAAAAAAAAAAAAAAAAAAAAAGGCAUAAAGAAGAUGAAGAAUAUAUAUAUUGAUUCAUUACUCCAAAGAGACAGUACCACAAAAGUGGGCUAAUACCACCAUUUUCUGGGCACAAAUCGGCUACUGGUGUCUGUGGGAGAUAUUUGAGUUGGAUGUGUACUUGCUAUUUGUUUAUUUAGUAGAUGGUAGCUAAUAUUGGGGCCAAUGCAUUUUUCUAUUAUUACGGUGGGCGGGAUAUAAUGGGGUGCUACUAUAUAUAUUUGAUAUUUCUGUUCAUGCUUGUAAUUCUGGUGUCUACGACGACCCCUAAGACUAAGACGUCAGCAAGUGAGAAGCUCCUAAAAGCGCUUUGCUCGCUCUCAUCACCCAGGGCUUCGACGUCUCCAAUUUUGAUAUGAGAAAAUUGUGUUUGAGCUCAAGUUGGUGAAUGUGAAUCGCAAUUGUAGGUUGUUAAGAACGUAGCAACUCAGUCAUUGCAAGUCAAGCUCGCUUGUACCCGUUACAUUAAUCUGAACCAUACUACCUGAUGAGCUAUCUGGUUCUUAUGGAUUCAAAUCAUAAUGGGUCGGUCUCCCACCUCAAGUCUCGAUUCGAGAUCAGAUCAUCGGCCUCAUCUCUACUCCUCCUCAUUCCGCCCCAAAAAGGCUGAUUCAUUUGAAUACCAUUAUUCAUACUGGAAGGGUUGUGACCCGUUGCACUGAGUUGUUUCCCCGGCUCCAUUAAGUAGAGUAUGAUUGUAACAAAUAUGGAGCAGUCUUGGGGCUAUUCUUUUAGAAUUCUCAGAAGUUAAGUUGGUUCUUGCCCUCAGUGUCAAUCAAAAGGACCCUUUACUGUCAAUAUUGAGCAGACUAUAAAAGGUCGGCAUAUGAUUCCUCAAAAACAUUUCCACAAUGUUGAGUUGACAGAUUCUAUCAUCUCCCCUUUUGACAUCCUUUGUGAUGUGAAGGAAUCCAUGGUCAGCAUUGAUCUACCAAUGACAUGAAUAGCAGGAUCGUUGGGGUAGGAAAAAGAAGAGGAGAGAUCCAAGAUUUUGGUUGAUUUCGGAGGAGGGUUUGGGUUUGUUUCGGAAGAGGUUGCUGCUAAGAUUUUGAUCGAGUUUGGGAGAAAGCUUUCAACAGAAGAAGAGUUUGUAGGGAAACAAAGUCGGCAAGUUCGUAUCUGUGAAAAGGUUCCACCAUCAAGCAAUAAAAGGAGUUGGGGUGGGAGAGGCAACUACAAUGUUUUCCAACACAAAGAGCAACUUGCUGAAGAAAGCAAAAUAAGACUAUCUUAAAAGGGAGGAGUUUAGAGAGAAGUACAAGAAUGAACAUCCCAACAACAAAUCGGUCACUGCUGUAAGUGAAUCUCAUAAUCUUUCGAAAGCGGAAUAUUUUUAAUGGGAGGAGUUUAGAGAGAAGUACAAGAAUGAACAUCCCAACAACAAAUCGGUCACUGCUGGGUCCAUUCACGUGCAAUUGUCAUGACUUAAACAGAAAGAAGAAGACUUUGAGCAAUACAAAGGACUUCAAGAUUUGGAAUUUAUAUAAGGGGUUCAAACCAGGUGGGAUUUCUCUGGCCCAUGCUUUUGGUUUAGUUUGGAUUCUUAGAUCAGUUGCUGGAAUUGAUGCAGAGAGAAUGGUUUUGGGUACCAGUACAAUGGCCAGCAGUGUCUAAUGCAUUGACAAACUAGGAGGAACUAAGAUGAAGCAUUCUAAAUGGUUGGUUUCAUUAUGUUUGAUGUUGUUGGUGUAAAACCAAAAGCACUUCGGUAAUUCCUAUAUACAUUGUCUGUGCUUUUUGACUAAUUCCACGGAAGUUUAUUUAUUCUUAACUUCCUCUUUUGUUUUCUAUUGAAGUGAAUUUAGUAAUCAAUUAGUAAUCCAUUCGCUUAUGAAUAUUUUAAUGUAUUUGUUGGAGAUCGAUUUUGACUUGGUGAGCUGCAUUCGGACAAUUCAUUUUGAAAAAUAGUCAGGUGCCUAAGUUGUUGCAUAUAUUGUUAAGGGGGUGUAUAAAUGUAAUUGCUUUAAUUGUUAUAUGACUUAAGUUUCGCUUCUUUUGCCAAUAAAAUUAUAUAAUUUAGCUGUGGAGGGAAGCAUUGUUCAUAGUUCAUCAUUCAUGAUAGUUUCUGGGUUGGUGGAUUAAGGAAAGUUCAAUGGCCUUCAACAAGAUUUGGGCUUCUGGGUUUUAUGGCCUGAAUGGGUAGGAUAGGAUAACUUUACAAUAUGUCUUCUUCUUCUUUUUGUUUUUGAGGAUUACUUUACCAGCCAAGUGAUUUUGGUUUUUCCAUUAUGCAUAGCUGAGGUAACUGCCAUUGUUAUGAUCGUUUUUAAAGUCAUUUUCUCCAGCCAAUCCUCCCUCUUCUUUGUUAGCUGCUUUCAUUAACCCCUUUUUGUGUUGCAUGGGGUUUACAGAAGGCUUUGGCCUUUGCAUGACUACAAAAAAGGCAUUUCAUAUUCUUAACAUAAAACAAAACGGAGAGAAGUGGAACCGCCAAGGGAGAUGGUGGUGGGAGAAACUACCGGUUUUCUAUUCACAUCACCUCCACCUCUAAUUGACUUUUAAUUUGAAUGUCCUGGAUUAAUGUUGUUCUUUUUGUAAUGAUCUUAUUUCUUAGCAGACAGGAUUGUCCAAAACAGCAGAUCAUAAGCAAAUUUUUCUAACCCACAAAAGACAACAACCUAAAGAUUCAAUUUAUUUUUCACAGGAUAAUAAUUUUAACUGUAGAUUUUUAUAUUUAUAGGGGUCAAAAUUAAAGUCUUAACAACCAUAGCAUUUCAAGAUACAAGAAAAGGGAGUACUAUAAAAGCAAAUUAGAGAAAAUCCAGCUAGAGAAGUAGACUAUGUAUUAAAUUAAUUCAUAUCCAGCCAGAUACAAGGGGGAGAAAAGACCAAAACUGAAAUUUGAUUUCGUGACAACAAACAUGCUCAUCCUUGAGUUUCAGCACCAUUUGUAACAUCCAUAGGUUGAGCUUCGGUAGACUCCUCCGCUUUAUCACCCUUCUUACCUGCAAUGUGCAAAAACAUCAGGAAUGAAACAUUACAAAACACUCCAGCAAAUUGAUAGCAGACCUCCUCACUCAACAUUUAUCUAGGAAUCCAAAGAAGGAGAAGACUAUCUUUGUUGGGAAAUUAUUGGUAAAGGUGAAGAAGAAGGUCUUGAUCAGAAAGGUUGUUAAGUUUGAAGAGGUCGAGUCUGUGAGGAUUUGAUCAGAGCUGAUGAUAAACAAUCUUGAAAAAACAAUGAAAUCUACAUUCAUUCGUGAGAUACAAGCUUUUCAGUACAACUUCAAAAUGAGACUUCGUGUAUCAUGAGUAUGGAGACCAAAGAAGUUCAAUGCUGACAUAUAUGAUGGCCUCCAUUAUGUCUUAGUUGACGAAAGAGUAACCACUGUUUUUUGAAUCAACUCCAGCAACAACUUUUCCUGACCAACUCCAGCAUCUAAUGCAGCUGCAACUGAAGCAAUCAGCUAGAGCAUUUUGUGCAUCUGUGAUUGGAGCAGUCACUUUUUUGAACAAGCUCCAGCAAUAACCUUUGCUAGAUUAACUUCGGACCCUUUUGUAAAACUAGCAUUUUUGCACCAGCUCCAGUUGAACAAGCUUCAGCUAAAAUGUAACAUGUAUAAAAACUCUUUGAUACUUUAAUAAUAUGUAACCAUGUUCCUUCAAUAUUUCAUCAUGCUAA